CCCAUCGCCACGUUCACCACCACCUCUUCCCCCCUCUCUCUCCCAAAACCGAAACCGGUGAGACAUCAUGGGACUCUUGCUUAAAACGCGUACCCACAGAUACCAAUCACCAACAACUUCCAGCAACAACUUCCAGCGGUGACAGAAUAUUCCACUGAGGUUUUAGAGAGAAGAAGAUGGUCAGGGACGACAUAGAAAGCGCGGGAGAUAAGAACAGGGGAAGGGAUUUCGUCCCGGCGAUUGAUGUCGGAGACCGGCAGAGGGUUUCGUGGUUGAUCCCUCUGUUCGUUGCUGCCAACGUUGCUAUGUUCGUUGUUACUAUGUAUGUCAACGAUUGUCCGGAGCAUGCCUCCGGCUGUGUGGCUGAUUUUCUCCGGCGCUUCUCUUUCCAGCCCCUGCGCGAGAAUCCUCUCUUCGGCCCUUCUGCUUCCACAUUACAGAAGGUGGGUGGUCUUGAAUGGGACAAGGUGGUGAACCAUCAUCAAGGCUGGAGGCUUAUAACGUGUAUCUGGUUACAUGCUGGACUUAUCCACCUGCUUGCAAACAUGCUGAGUCUUGUCAUUGUCGGUGUUCGCCUUGAGCAGCAAUGUGGCUUUGCUCGGAUCGGAGUUAUCUACUUAAUAUCGGGAUUUGGUGGGGGCGUGCUUUCUUCUCUCUUCAUUCAGAAGAGCAUCUCGGUUGGCGCUUCGGGUGCACUUUUUGGUCUUCUUGGGGCCAUGCUUUCUGAGCUCAUCACCAACUGGUCAAUGUACACCAACAAGAUUGCUGCUCUACUCACGCUUCUGGUGAUAGUGGCCUUCAACCUAGCAGUUGGGAUCCUACCACAUGUUGACAAUUUUGCCCACAUUGGUGGAUUCUUGACGGGUUUCCUCCUUGGAUUUGUUCUGCUGCCACGUCCUCAGUUAGGGUGGCUGGAACGUAGGAAUCGUCCGGCUGAUAUUCGCAUCACGUCCAAAUACAAGCUUUAUCAAUAUGUGCUAUGCCUUGCAUCUCUGCUUUUACUCAUAGCAGGGUUUGCUGUGGGUUUGGUGAUGCUGUUCAGAGGGGUGAAUGGAUAUGCUCAUUGUCAUUGGUGCAAAUACUUAAGCUGUGUGCCAACCAGUAAAUGGAAGUGUGACGCAACUUAGCUUAGAUUACCAUUUCCGGCAACUGCUUAUAGUUUUACUCUCCUAAUUAGUUGAUUGGUUCCAUAUCUAGUUCGUUCUUUACCAGUGCUCUGGCAUAUACUGAUUGUGUGUCUCCGCUGAGUGCUCUCAGAGGAUAUGUAUAUGUUUGGACUUUAGAGGCAUUAUCAUUAUCAUUAUCAUUAUCAUUAUCAUUAUCAUUAUCAUUAUCAUUAUCAUUAUCAUUAUCAUUAUCAUUAUCAUUAUCAUUAUCA